CUAAUUGCAGGAAUGAGAAUCUAUCACUGUAUUAUACCUCGAAAAGAAUAUGUGUGUAUUUCCUUUGUGUGGCGGCAGAGGGCAGACCAAGGACACUAUAAUAGUCUCCUUGGGGCAGGCGCUGUCCAGUGCCCAGCCCGGCUCAGGCAGCACAACAACAGUCCCGCCACCACCACCACCUGACCUCAGCAGUGCCAGCACGGAGCCAGCACCCUGCAGACCCGCACAGCGUCCUACGAGAAGCUCUGAAGCCGCCACGAUGCGCUGGUCUCUGCCGGCACUCCUUCUGCUGCCCCUGCUGCUGACCUGGGACACCACUUCAGUCAGCCGCGUGUGUGGGCGUAAGACUGGAGACCAUCCUAUCCAACAACCCAACCCUACUUCUGCUCCUGACCUGCUUUCGGCUACAAGAAAUCCCUGGAUACGCCGAGAUCAAAUCCCUCAACCUACAACUACAGCCGCUGGUCCUGACUACCCCGAUGUCAAGACUGGGCACCCUAAACUACCGGCUCAGACUAGGACGGCUCAGUUCCUUGAAGUACAUGCUGUACGUGAUUCGCAUGGCAGCGUGCGCUUUGAGGCAAUACCUGUAGCUACGGAAAUACGGCGCAUGAGACCACUGGACUUCUAUUUAUAGGACACACCGCUCCCGAGACGACCAGCCACACCACGUGACCACGCCAUCACGACCACCACAUCCAGCCACACCCAAGACCACUAACUGCAGCCACACCAACACCACUAAUACCAGCCACGCCACACCAUCAUGACCACUAAUACCAGCCACACCACACCC